AUGUCCUUCCGGGGCAUGGGGGGCCCUGCCACAGCGCCGAGAUCUGUGCGCCUCCAGCUUACAGCGCUGCGAGGAAAAUCUUCCUCCGCCAAGUGCCACUUCCAUCGCGCUAUCACGACCACUGCCCUCCCUGCCGCCCCCUUCGCCCCGCAUUAUCGCCCUCUCGGCAUCCGCCAGAAGCCCUUCUCUCUCCUCUCUCCUGUUUCUCUUCGACGCGGCUUACACGACUCCAAGCUUCGUCCCCUGUUGCCUCCCCGAGCGGCCAAGCGCGAGCGGCGUCUACCAAAUCUCCGCAACCUCGCCGUCAUUCUGGGGCUUCUGUCACUGCUUUACUACACCUAUCCCCCCUUCCGCCACUCUCUCAUUGCUGUGGUUCGAUGCGCUCGCGUCAUGGAAGCAGUGACGGCCGACGUCUUGGACUACAAGAAAGUCUUUGCGGUUGAAGAUCAGCUUGCAGCUCUAGGCAGAGAGUUGACGGAGGAAGAAGUGGAGAAAAAGAGACAGGCGCGAAGAGAAUGUCACACACGAAGUGCAAAGAGGAUGCUGGCGGCGCUGGAUAAAAACUCGGGCAUCUACGUCAAACUCGGCCAGCAUGUGGCGGCUGUCCAGGUUUUGCCAAAGGAGUGGACCGAGACGAUGCGGCCCCUGCAAGAUCAGUGCUUCCCUACGCCUUUGAACAAGACGAAUGAUAUGCUUCGAGAAGACUUGGGAGAGGGUAUCAAUGACCUCUUCACCGAUUUCGAUCCCAACCCCAUAGGGGUGGCCUCGCUCGCCCAAGUUCAUCGGGCUGUCGACAAACGAUCCGGCAAACCAGUCGCCGUCAAAGUACAACACGCCGCUCUGCAAGAGUUUGCGGCGGUGGACAUGGCGACCGUCAACUUUGCCAUUCGCUUUGUCAAAUACGUCUUUCCCGAGUUCGAGUUCAGCUGGCUGGGGGGCGAGAUGAACGAGAUGCUUCCCCUGGAGAUGGAUUUCCGUCACGAGGCCGCAAAUUCGUCAAGAUGCAAGGGCGAGUUCUUGCAUCUCCGGGGGAAAACCAGUCUCUAUCUGCCGAACGUGCUGUGGGCCGAGAAGAGGUGUAUGGUCAUGGAAUACAUUGAGGGUGCCAGAGUCGACGAUUUGGUCUAUCUCAAAAAACACCAUAUCGACCGCAACCAAGUAGCCCAAGAGCUCUCUCGUAUUUUCAGCCAAAUGGUCUAUUUGAACGGUCAUUUCCAUGCCGAUCCCCAUCACGGUAAUAUCCUUGUUCGGCCCAAAGCACCGGGGUCUACUUCCCCGUUCAAUUUCGACAUUUGUCUUUUGGAUCAUGGGCAGUACUUUGAUAUCCCAGAUGAUUUGAGAGUCAAUUACGCCCAUUUCUGGUUGUCCCUCAUCAAGUCGAGCUCGGAGAAAACGAUAGCGGAAAGGAGGCAUUAUGCCAAGCUUGUUGGAAACAUUGAUGGCGAUAUGUACCCCAUCCUCGAAUCAGCGAUCACUGGCCAGAUCAACAUGGCGGACGACACCAACACUCACGACUCUGCCAAUGACCCCCGUCCUAAAUCCCUUUUGGACGCCAAGACAUUCGAUAAAGAUCAGAUCAAAAAGCUCAGACAGGCGAUGUUGGAGAAAGAGGGGCUGAUUGCGUCUAUAUUCGAGCUUUUGCGAGUUGUCCCCAGGCAACUCUCCGAUCUCCAAAGAUCUCUGGAUCAAAGCCUCCACACUACCCAUGGUCAAAGCCGGGUCUUUGUCAUUGUAGCUCAGUAUUGCGCCAAGUCUAUAUGGCAAGGAGAUUGUGCAACGUUCAAGCGAUCCUUGUCUGUUGAAGGCUUUUCUUUCAAAGCUUUACGGUCUUUCCUGGGUGCAUUCUUCAACUAUGCCUACUGGAACACAUCUUUAAGCAUUGUCGAGAUGGCGUUGGACAUGAGGGCUAGGUCGGUGAAGGUGGGGCUGUGGUUGGAUGGACUGGGGAAGGGUGGGUUGAAGGCUGCUGAAGAUGAGAUGGCCGGGUUGCCACUCAAAGCAACGCAAGCGGCCUAG